AUGCCUCGACUCGUGCGCCGCAAACCGCUUCUUCAGCGCAUCUCGGCCGUGCUGAACCCGAUGGAUUCCUUGCUCUGGUUGUCGGAAGAGCUGGAGACGCGCGACUGGGACUCUGAGAACGCGGGUACGCAGCUCGGCCUUGGGCUGAAUUUUGUCUUUCUCCUCGCGCGCGCAAACUCGGGCUCGGCGCAACCGGCGGACGACGUUUUUGGCGGCGAGGACAAGUCACUAUGGCUGUCGCUGGUGGUCAACACUUUAGUUUGGGGUCUGGGUGUUUUUGCAGUCACGAAUGGCGUGUACACUCUAACGCGGACUCGCAAGUAUAGGAUGUUCGAGGCCAACAUUGAUGUGCAGCCCGGUACGCCCUCGGCUCGCAGAGUUCAGGUGCAGGGCUCACCGGCUUCUUCUUCGCCUCUUCGAUUUUUGACUAGCAUGAUUACUCCCGACACGCCAGAGAGCAGGGCCCAUCCCGACAAGAAACGAGACGUGUGGGAGCUAGCGGUCUGGGAUCCCCUACCAAUCUCGCUGCGCUUGUUUUGCUUGUUCGGGCCAGCGCACGUAUUGGUGUAUAUCAUGUUUCUUCCUCUUGCUUCGCUGGAUCCCCGCCCCAGCAUUACGGUCUUCAACACUCUGGUUCUUCAGGCUAUCUUAUCCGCGCAGUUGUUGCUCUUCUGCUCCAAGUUCGCGCAGCAGGGCAAGGAUAACUCCAUUAUCCAGAAGGAAGUCAUGCACGAGUACGAUACGAAGUUUGUCCACCCAUUGAUGCAUCCAAUUGUCCGCGAUGUCGGUGUUCAGGUAUCCACGGACGCUGGCUCGAGUAUGGAGGAUCUUGUCGAUACUGGCACGCCAACCACGCUGAUCCGACGCUCCUUCAAGACGCAUAAGAAUCCACACAUUGACGAAGAAGAGUCUGCGCCACUUCGCCCCAGCGCUGUUAAGCCGAAUCUCUUCACACCAUCCGGCCGUCGAUCGGACUCAUUCAGUCCAAUGCCGACUAUUCGCAGCUCAGACUCCGUUGCUACUCAUGUUUUGGACAGCAAUCUCGCGAGAGCAGACCAUGUGCUUCGACUGCGAAAACAAGCACGUCAAGAACGAAGAGCUUUGAAAGAAAGCGGCGAUUAUCUCGGAGUCCAGGGUGUCAACCCCGAGACGGGCCGCAUGGACGUUGAGACCCCAACAGAUAGCGAGGGGAGCCAGCUAAGCCCAGUACCACCAAUUGAGGAGCAGGUGCGACCGAAACGCAUGAUUGUUACUUUUGAUGAGAAGGUGACUGAAAAGGAAAAGAAAAAGAUGUUACUCAAGGCCCGCGAAGCAGAGCUCCGCCGCAUGGAAAAGAGUAAGAAGGAGGCUGAAGAGUUGGCUAAUCAGCUCAUGUGGCGGCGGCACACGAAGGAAUGGUCGAUUGUCAAGGACCCGGGGGUUGACAGUUUGCCGCGGAAGCAAACUGCAAUGUUGGCUGGUUUGUACUACUUCCCGAUCUGA